AUGGAUACAGAAAAAGAACCAAUUAGGAGAAAACCUAGAGACUUAUCAUCUCGUGCAUUACCAAAUUAUCAUCUCAAACAUUGGAGGAAAACAUUCUAUGCUGCUGUUGACUCGAGAAUUCUCCAAAUUAAAGGGGAAAAGUCUCCAAAAAUGAAAAAGAGACUCUGUAGAUAUUUCAAUUAUUGGGUGGAUGAUAGGAGGGAUGCAUUCAUGAAAUUUAGAAAUCAAUACCGUUUAUUGGGAAGUAUUAAUAAACUUUGGGCAGAAAAUCAGGAAUGUGUAGUUAAUAAACUAAAAUCAUCAAUCAGUGAUAUAUGCCAAAGAAAAGAGAAUAAGGAUAAGAAAGUUACAAGAGAUAAAAAAAAAGUUAUCGAAGAUUUUUGUGAGGAUAAAGAGGAACAUUUGCAAGAAUUAAAUAAAAAUAUAACAGAAGAGAAAUGUACAAAUUACAGUAAUUGGUUAGAUGAGAAAAAAACAUAUUUUGUAAAUAAAAAUUGGAUUAAUGAACAAGAAAUGACAUUUGAUGAAAAUUUAGAAAUUUCUAAAAACUGUACACUUAAUGAUAUGAAUACAUUUGUCACUAGUUUAGACUGUAUUAGAAUUAAUAAGAAAGAAAACAAUUCUUGUGAUUCUAAAAUAACAAAAAACUGUAAUCAGUCUCAACAUUUAACUCCUGAUAGUUCAUUUGGUAAUGGAUCUGAUCACUCUACAAUCGAAACUACUACAAAAAAACCAAAUGAUACUACUACUUUAUCUACCACUACAAUAAACUCCACAACUACAACUGAAAUUACAUCAAAUCCUUCAAUUGAAUCUGCUACUCAAACACCAGGAUCUACACAAAAGUUAACAUCAACUAUUGCGUCUAUACAUUCAGAUCCAAAUUUACCUAUACCUGCACCUCUAAAAGCAAGUGAAUCUGGAAUCUCACAAAGAGAUGUACCUCCUACUACUCCAACACCAAGAUCUACGCCAAAGUUAGCAUCAACUACUAUGUCUACACAUUUAGAUGAAGAUUUACCUAUAGCUUUACCUGUAAAGGCAAUGAAUCCUAUAGAAAAACAAGUUAUAAAUGAUAAUAUUCCAACAUCUAGAAAUGAAGUCAUAUCGCCAUCUGUUAGAGAUUCAAGUGAAUCUUCAAUUUCUCCCACAUUUAGAUCUAUAAAUGCAAAUAUAUCUGGAAAUUCACAAGCAGAAUCGUCUCCAGCUACUCCAACAUCUGCAUCUAACAUUACUUUACCAUCUAUUGCCAUUCAAACAAAUAUGUCUACAACUAUUCAAGCACCUAUAAUUAAUUCCACAUCAUCUUCUAACACCACUUUAAAUAUACCGUCAAUUUCUCUUACAUCUGCAAACGUAAAUGAAACUCAACCAACAACUAUAUUUGAAACUACUACAUCAUCUGGAAAUACAUCCACACCCACAUCUACUACCAAAGCUGAGAAUGUAUCUACAAAUUUACCUAUAAGUGCGUACGCAAAUACAAAUACAUCUGGAGAAUUAUUUACACUUACUUCUACAAAUUCAAGUAUAUCUACAACUAAAUCAGCUAUACCUAGUACUAUUCUAACACCUGAAACUAAAAUACAAAUAAAAAAUAUGUCUUCUCAUGUAGAUAUAUCCACAAAUAUAACUGGAUCUACAUUACCUGUACCUACAGAUACAACUAAGACUAUUUCAAGUACUAUGAUAUACAAUUCCACUUUUAUUACUAAUAAAUCUACAUUUAAUUCAUCUGUGAAUAGUUCUCUUACUUAUACAAAUUAUUAUGUUAAUGUAAACAACUCUAAUGAUAAUAUACCAAAUAUUGCAUCUAAUAACAUUAUAACCAAUACUCCACUACCUGUCCAAAAUGCUACUACAAGUGUAACAUCUAAUAACAUUCUAACCACUACUCCACUACCUGUCCAAAAUGCUACUACAAGUGUAACACCUAAUAACAUUCUAACCACUACUCCAAUACCUGCUCAAAACACUACUACAAAUGUAACAACUGAUAAUCCUAACACUCCCACAUGUACAUCAAAUAUCCCUGCGUUGAUUGCCCUUUCAUUGGGUGCAUCACUUUUAUUAAUUAUUUUCCUUUUCAUUAUUCUUUAUAAGCAUAGACCUACUAGAUUUUUACCUGGUAGUAAAGGAUCAAAGAAAAAGAAAAAGCAUGCAAAAAGGAAAAAUCAUAAAGAAAGUUCAAUGAGUUAUAUAAAGACGCCUUUAGAUAUUCCAUAUGAAUUACUAGAAAGUAAUAUUCAACUCAAUAAUGUAUGUAACAAAACAAAUAAUUCAUUAUGUAAAAUUGUAUUUGAAAAUGAAAUAGAUAAUACACUUAAAGAAAAAUCAGAAGAAAAUACAAUAAAUAUAAAAACAAAAAGUGAUAUUGCUAUAAUAAGAGAAAAAUUAAAGUGGAUGAUUAUGAUAGAAAUAUAUACGAUAGUAAUGGACGAAUGUAAAAAGGAGGAAUGGAAAAAGAACAGGAAAGUAUUUUUUGAUAUAUGUCUGGAAGAAUUAAAAAAAGAAGGUAUAUAUUUAGAUAUAACAAAAGAAAAUGAGAAAAAGGAUAAUAUUACUAUUAAGCUAGAAAAAAAAAAACUUCUGUGGAAACAGCAUAAAAAAGGGUAUAAAAAGAAUUUAGAAAAAUGGAAAAAGGAAAAAUGGUUUGAAAAUUUGAAGAGAGAAUGGAAAGAAGAGGAAGUUAACUAUUCAGAAAUAAUAAAAGAAGAAAGGAUAAUAAAAAGUACAGAAAAUGAUUUAAAUAAUCCUUUGGAAAAGCAAAAAGUUAUAUGGAGGAAUUGGAUAAAAAAGCAUAUAAAGUGGUUGCAUGAUUCUUAUGACCAAAAAUGGUUUAAUGAAUUAUUAGAAAAAUACAGAAUAGAAGAAGAAAUAAAAGAAAAUAUAGAAGGAGAAGAUAGUGAAGAAGGAUAUAUUAAAAUAGAAAGAGAAGGAAAAUCAGAUAAAGAUUCAAAGAAAAACAAUUUAAAAUUGAAAUUAUGGAUUGAUAUACAUAUGAUGGUAUUAAAGGAAUGUAAAAAAGAGGAGAGGAUGAUGAUAAAAAAUGAAUUUCUUAAAACAUGCAUAGAAGAAUUGAAAAGAACGAUAAAUCCAAAAGAAAUAUUGGAAAUAGAAAAAGAAAUAACAGGAAAUAUUAUAUUAGAAAAUAAAAAAGAAGAAUUAGAAAAAUUAAUAAGAGAAAAUUGGUUUAUUGAAUUGAAAAUAGAUUGGAAUAAGAAAGAAAAAAAAUAUAUGGAAGAGUUAAGUAAAAAAAACUUACCAGAAAAUAAUGAAGAAAGAAUUAAAAAUUUUAUGAUUUAUGAGCAAAAAAUUAUAUGGAAGAAAUAUUGGGAAGAAAUGAAUAAUAAAUGGAUAGAAAAUGAAAGCAUGGAAAAAUGGCUUAUAAAUUUUAUAGAAGAAAAUGUAAAUGAAAAUGAAAACAAAGUGAAAAUAAAAGAAAUAAAAGAUGAACUUGAAGAAUAUAAAGAAAAAACAAAUACUAGUAAAGAAGUACGAAAAGUAGAAGAAAAAAAAAUGAAGGACCAAGAGGUACAAAUAAAAAAUAAGGAAAAUUUUUUUACAUUAAAAAGAAAGCCAAAGUGGAAAACUAUGAUAGAAAUACAAAUGAUUAUAAUGGAAGAUUGUAAACAAAAGGAGUGGGAAUUGAAUAGAGAAAAUUUUUUGAAAAUUUGUUUGGAUGAAUGGAAAGGUGAUGAAAAAUUAUAUGGAAAUUUAAUAGGAAAAAAAAGUACAAAGAAUAUAGAAGAAAGUAAUAUUAUUGCAUUAGAAAGACAAAAAAUGUUUUCAAGCAAAUUGAUAGAAAGACAUAAUAAAAUAUUGGAAAAAUGGAGGACAGAAGGUUGGUUUAAUAGUUUAAUGGAGGAAUGGAAAAAAGAAGAAAAUAUACAUGUAGGAACAAUAGAUGAAAAAAAAUCCAUUGAAGGAACAGAUAACACAUAUAUAAGUGUAGCAUUAGAGAAGAAAAAUAAUAUAUGGAGUCAAUGGAUAAAGAAGCAAAGAAGUUUACUUACACAAUAUGACAAGGAGAUAUUGUUUAAUAAGCUGUUAGACGAGUAUAACCAGGAAGAAGAUAAGUAUGAAAGAGAAGAUGAACAAACAAAAGAAAAAAAAAAUAAUAUAUAUAACAUUGAAAGUGAUCCAAAAUCAGUUGAUAUAAAAGAUGAGGUUAGUGAAAAGAUAGAGAGGAUAAAUUUGAUAUCUAAAUUGUGGAUUGAAAUAUAUAUGAUGAUAUUGGAUCAGUGCAAGAAAGAAGAAAUAGAAUAUAUGAAAAAAGAAUUUCUGAAAACAUAUAUAGAAAGAAAAAAUGGCUAUAAAGGGUUAAAUGAACAUGGAAUUACAAAAAAAGAAAUUAAUGAUGAAGAAAAAGAAGAAAUUAUAAAUGAUAUAAUAAAGAAAAAGAAAGAACAAUGGGAAUCCUGGAAACGAGAAGAAUGGUUUCAUGAAAUGAAAUUAAAUUGGCAUAAAACAGGACAUAUAAAUGAUGUGGAAGAAUCAAAAAUAUUAGGUGAUACAAAAGUAGAAAUUAAAGACUUUAUAUUUGAAAGACAAGUAUCUGAGAGACAAUGGCUAGAAAAACAGAGAAAUUUUUUAAAAAAAUGGAAUAAACAAAAACUAAAAAAAUCUCUGAAAAAUAAAUAUAAAGAUGAACAAAUAGAAGAAGAAAAUAAAGAAAAUGAAGAGAAUGAAGAAAAUGAAGAGAAGGAAGAAAAUGAAGAAAAUGAAGAAAAUGAAGAAAAUGUUCUAAAAGAUAAUUGGGAUAUUACCAUAUUAUAA